GACUUCGUGGCCUGUCUGGAGCGGUGCUUCGUGCUCUCGGUGCUGCAGCAGGUCCCGGUGCUGCAGCACUUGUCGCUGGCACAGCGGGUCCGGAUCGCCGACGCCACGGAGGUAAAGGACUACCCCGCGGGCGAGGCAGCCAGCGACGACCUGCGGCUGGGCAUCGUCAUGGACGGGGCCCUAACCUGCGGGCGGGGCGAAGGCCGCGAGCCCCUCGUGCUGCGGCGCGGGCAGUGGUGGGAGGACCAGGCGCUGGCCGGGCUGCUGCAGCAGCCCAGCGAGGCGGCGUCGCCAGCGUCGUCGUCGCCGCGUAGCCCCUCUGGCAGGACGGACAGCCGGGUCGCCGGAGCGUCCGGAGCGCGCCUCGCCACGCUCGGGAGGGAGGCUUUGGCAGAGGCACUCAAGGAACUGGGCCUCUCCACGGUCGCCAUGGGCUCGGGGGGGGUUAUCGAGUACAUGAGGAAGGUCCUGCUGGCGAAGAAAGUGCCCGUCUUCCGCAGCCUCUCUGCGGACCAGGUCGACGGCCUCGUCAGGUCCCUGGUCCUCGAGAGGUUCACCAGUGGGGCGCAGAUCUUCAAGCAGGGCGAGCCUGGGAGCACGUUCUUCAUCAUCGCCGAGGGCGAGGUGCGCGUGCUCAUCGGCGGCAAGCUCGUGCGGAGCCUGGGGAAGGGGGCGUGCUUCGGCGAGCGCGCGCUGCUGCUCGACGAGCCGCGCAGCGCCACCGUGGAGGUGUCGAGCUCGGAGGCCGAGCUGUGGGCGGUGAAGAGGCACGUCUUCAACGAGGUGGUGACCCAGAGCAUGAGGGCCGAGCUGGACACGUCAUUCGAGCUCAAGGAACUGAGACAUGUGCGCCUCAUAGGCGCAGGGUCGUACGGCUCCGUGCGGCUCGUGGAGCACAGGCACACGAGGACGCAGUACGCGCUGAAGCGCGUCAGGAAGCUGCCGUCACCCGACGACGAGAUGCUGAAGGUCCCGGAGGAGGUGCGGGAGGAGUGCACCCUGCUCGCGUCGGUGGACCACCCCUUUGUCCUGCGGCUGGUCAGGACCUUCGAGACCACGGACAGUGCCUACCUGCUGACGGAGCUCGUCACCGGCGGCCAGCUCUACUACCACACCCUCCAGACCAUGGGGAUCGUUUCUCGCAAGCAGGCGCAGUUUUACGUCGGGUCGCUCGUGUGCGUCUUGGAGGCCGUGCACGACGCCGGCAUAGUGUACAGGGACCUGAAACCAGAGAACGUCAUGCUGGACGCCGCGGGCUUCGUGAAGCUUGUAGACUUCGGCCUGGCCAAGCGCCUGGCGGAGAGCACGUCGAGAACCUACACGGUCGCGGGGACCUUGCUAUACCUAGCCCCGGAAGCGAUACGUGGUCACGGCUACGGGUUCUCAGUGGACAUGUGGUCCUUGGGCGUUCUGUUUUACGAGCUCGUCUGCGGUGACCUGCCGUUCUGUGAACAGGUUGAUGGAGAGGUGAACGAGCACGAGACGAUGGCCUCCAUCCUGGAGGACGACCUGCGGUUCCCCGCGCGGUACAACGAUAGCGCCGGCAAGAAGCUGUUGCAGGGCUUGCUGUGCAAGCAGGCCCAGAACCGCGCGGGCGCUGGCGUCAGAGGCUGGCAGGAGGUCAAGGACCACAAGUACUUCAAGGCUGGGGUCGAUGGGGACCUCUUCGGGAUGAUCAUGGGCCGCGAGAUCUCGCCCCCAGUCGUCCCGUCCGGCGAGAAAUACUCCAACGAGCGAGAGCUCAACGAGACAGUGACGCUCAGCGACGCGGAUGAGCUCGCACCGGACUCGCCCGCUGACGAGGUGAGGGAGCGGGUCCUGGGCGCGUUCAAGCGCUUCGACAUCCGCGGGGAUGGGACCAUCGACUCCGGC